AUGCUUUCUCUCCCAAAAGCACAUUCCCAAUCCCAAUCGCAGCGCAUACCAGGAUGGAUUGCAGACGCCGUCUCCCCUCUCUCGGAAUUCAUGAUUAACGUCGAUCCCCAAGAAUACUUUGCAGACCUCCAAGAAAUUGCAGAAGGCGAGAGCGGCUCCGUAUACGCCGCACGCCUCGUCUGUCCCCCUAACACGCUCUCUCUACCCCCCGGAACGACGCACGUAGCCAUAAAAGCCAUCACAAUCCACCCAGCUGUAUCUCCGAAGCUUCAAGACCUGAGCCACGAGAUGGAGUUGAUGCGCGGGGUGCAUCACGAGCAUGUAUUGCGCAUGGACGCGUUUUAUGUGAAUUUGGUGGAUGAUUCGGUGUGGAUACGGAUGGAGCUGAUGGAGAGGAGCUUGGCGGAUGUUGUGGGGCUUGUUGGGGAGGGGUUGUCGUUGCAGGAGAGGAUGAUUGCGCGGUUUGCUAGUGAUGUCCUACUUGCGCUCGAAUACCUCCAAAAACACCAUAUAGCCCACCGAGACGUCCGUUCUGACAACCUGCUUUUAAACGCGAGCGGAAUCGUAAAAGUUGCUGACUUCUCGAAUGCUGUGCGUGUGACGAGGAAUUCUCCGAUGUGUUUUGGGGCUGUGGGCGUCAUUUACUGGCAGGCUCCAGAGAUGCGAGUUGGAGCAUACAAUGCGCUCAAAGUCGACGUCUGGUCUCUAGGCGCAACGGUUUGGGAACUAGCACAAACAGAACCGCCCUUUGCAGAUGUUCAAGACCCGCGACAAAUCGGUAUUCAGUGGCCGCCUCUACGUCAACCGGAGCUUUACUCGCGCGGGUUUCAUGAGUUUUUGAAGUUAUGCUCGAGGCCGUAUGGGUCGAGGCCGAAUCCUAAUGAGUUGGUGAACACGCCUUUCAUCCGCAACGCAUGCGGCCGAGCGGUGAACGUCCAACUUUUAUCACAGUGUAGAGCUAUUGAAGAGCAUAUGUUGCAAAGGGAGAGUGAGAGUGGUGGGGAGUCGUGA